AUAAAUGAUAAUAAGAAGAUAAUGAUCAUAAGUCUUUUCUUAUUUCUUUAUGAGUAUUGCGCUAUUAUAUUUUAAACUCUUCAAGGUCUCCGCCGGUCUCUGCUGCUGGUUUGCUCUUAGCAGGACCAGCAAUGGACGAUUAUGCUGGUGGAAGAAAAUUAUUUUAAUAUAAGUAAGAGUAAUAAUUAUAAUUUACAUGUUUGGUAGGUAUAUAAUGUGAAGUAAAAGGACACCAUGUUGCUGAGUACCUUACGCAGGUCAUUAAUUCGUAAUAGUGUCUAGUGCUGUAGUGGACACAAUACUGGUUAUAUUAAUACAAGUGUUAUAUAAUUGGCUUACCGAAUCUUUAGUCGUAAAAGUUUGAUUUACUGAACAAAUUAUAACUCAUUACCUUUCAAAGUAUUUUAUUUUAUUAAAUUGACAAAGAAAAAUAAACAAUACCCUUUUGGCUUCAUAUCGCCGCUCAAAAAUGGAAGGUUUUGACAUAGAAUUCGCUGAUAUAUUGUUAACGGUCAAUACGUGGGAUCCGUUAGUAACAAUGAAAUGGAUGCCAGAAAAGACAACAAUACUGAGAUCCGUAAGUGGUACUUUUUUCAAAAAUCAAAUGAGUGCCAUUAUAGGGUGUUCGGGUUCAGGAAAAUCAUCUCUAUUGAACAUAUUGUCUGGUUUUAAUUCUAGUAGUUAUAAAGGAUCGGUGACUCUAAAUGGAAUGCAAAGAGAUUUGUCAUCAUUUAGAAAAAUUUCGAGUUACAUCAUGCAAGAAGAUCAUUUGCAAUUGUACUUAACUGUUUUAGAAUCUAUGGAAAUCUCCAUGAAACUCAAACAUUCAAUUAUUAACUUGGAUACGGACAAACAGGAUACCAUCAGCGAGCUGUUGAAUAGUUUAUUGCUAAAUGAACAAAGAAAUACCUUGGUUUAUAAACUUUCAGGAGGAGAACGGAAAAGAUUAACCAUUGCAUUAGAAUUAAUUCGUAGCCCUAAAGUGAUGUUUUUCGAUGAACCUACUACAGGGUUAGACAUUGUUUCUGCUAACAAUGUACUAAAAAUAUUAAGGAAAUUGGCCGAUUCUGGAAAAACCAUCGUUUGUUCAAUUCAUCAGGCUACUGCAAAUCAUUUGGAUAUUUUUGACACUGUCUAUGUUUUAUCGCCAAAUGGCCAAUGCAUUUAUAAUGGAGAACCCAGGCAAAUGGUAAAUUAUUUUUUUACUUUAGGACUUCAGUGCCCUAAGUACCACAACCCAGCUGAUUACGUGCUUGAACUUAGUAUGGGUGAAUAUGGUAACCACAACGAUAUACUAUCAAAAAAUGUUAUUGAAAAAAAUCAUGAUGAAAGACAAAAAUAUGGUAACAUUAACAAUAAUAUGUACGUCAUUCAUAAAAGAGAAUAUCCCACAAAUAUUUUCCCCGAAAUAUGGAUCCUCAUGCGUAGAUCUAUGCUCAUCACAUUUAGAGACAAUUUUCUAGUAAAUGUCAGAUUAUUUGUUCACAUAUUACUUGGCAGCAUGUUUGGGGUUGUUUACUACGGAUUAGGAGACAAUGGAAUGCACGUUCGGGAUAAUGCAGUAUUACUUUUUUUUUGUGUAAUGUUUUCAGUUUAUACAGCAGCGUUUACUAUGUCUGUUAAGUUUCCUUUGGAGUUUUCAAUCAUGCAAAAAGAGUAUUUUAAUCGUUGGUAUUCGUUGAAGUCAUAUUAUAUUUCAGUGACACUUGUAGAUUUACCCUUACAGAUUUGCUGUACUUUGGUGUUUUGCGCCUUAAUUUACUUACUGUCAGGUCAACCACUUGUGUUAUUUAGAGUGACUUUGUUUCUCCUUAUGUUCAUCAUGACCGGAUUGAUGUCGCAAGCAAUUGGAAUGCUCGUCAGUACUUUUUUCCAAAAUUUUGUCACCAACUCUAUUGUUGUUGCCGUUAUAUUACUGUUUUGGACUACGUAUGCUGGAGGCAUGAUCAGAAUAUCUGACACUCCUGAAAUAUAUAGGUGGCUCUACGACUUUUCAUUUAUGAAACACGCCGUUCAAGGAGUAUUGCAUUCUGUGUAUGGUUUUGAUCGUCCUGUCUUACCGUGCCCGACUGUUUUUUGUUUAUACGGCUCACCAAAACUAAUACUACAAGUACUCGAUAUGGGUGAUAAUAUUUACUGGACUAAUUUUAGUUUUAUCACUAGUAUUUAUAUAGUAUUAAAAAUAUUUAUUUAUGUAUCCUUAAAGUAUAAACUAUCAUCAAGAUAAUUGAAAUUUGAAUUUUUUGACUGAUUUAAUUGAUAAUCAUUCAUUAUGAAAAUACCAUUAAGUAUUAUAUAUCUUUUAUAUGUGAUAAAAUCAUAAUCAAAUAUAUUUUCACCUAUCAAUUUUUGUUUUUAGAUUAUAAGCAUUAAAAAUAACUUAAUUUUUAAAAAUAUUUGUUUCGACAUAAAAAGUAAUGAUUAUUAUUUAUUGAAAAAUAAUUUUCAUUGAACACUGGUGUCUAGUGUUAUUUUUUUGUUUAUGUUUACUAAUAUUUUUGUGAAAAAAUUAUUAACAUUGUUUUAUAAUGUCGGCUAUUUGACCAAUAUUUAAUUAUUGGAUAUUCAAUUUUCGAUGUUUAUAUCUGGAUUUCUUUAUUGUUUUGAUACAUCAAAUCGACCAGAUUGGAUUUUUCUCUCGUUUAUUUUAGUAACGAUUUAUUGAUUUUAGUUGUUGAUCUGUAUAAAUAAUUGAGGAUAUUAAUCAUAUAUUAUAGUUCAAAUCCGUCCAUUUAUUAAAUAUUAGGUAUUAAUAAUUAGUUUAUUUUAUGCCUAUACUUAUACCAACUACCAAGAGACUGUAUUAAUAUAGUAUUUAUUCAACUUAUUACUGUUAGUAUUAGACAAUUUCUGUCAUACUUAAAAUAUGUGAAAAAUUUUUAUACAUGACAAUUUUAGUGUUUAUAAAAAUGAAUUAUUCUAUUCAUUUUGAACAAAUUUACCGAUUACUUACAAAACAUACCACUUAUUUAUUCACAACUACUAUAUGUACACGUAAAUAUAUUUAAACAUGUUUAUUAAUUUUUUUGUGACUGUAUCUUGUACACUAUUAUUAACUUGGCAAUAAUUAUAAGUUAUAAAUUAUAACUAAUGUUUAUUAUUAAUCUUUAAAUGUAUAUUUCAAGUGUUUUGAAAUUGUACUUAGUCAUUUCUAAGUAAUUGUUAAUCUGUAGUUAUGAGCGGUUUUAAAUUAUACAUAAUAUACUAGUAACAAGUUUCUCACAGGUGGUAUUAUAUAGGAGGCCCUAAGAAAAGAUCGUUUGAAUUUUUUAUUUUUGUAUCAAAAAACUUAUGGUUUUCUGGUUUUUUUUUGUAAAAUAUCCAUCAAAAAUAAAAAAACCAUACCAUGGAAUUUUCUGAAAAAUGAUCUUAUAUAACAAGGGGUCACUCGAUUUGGUAUUUUUUUUUUUCGUGAGCAAAAUCUGUAAUCAAUUAUUACCACGAAAUUAGUAGUUUUUUUUUCUAAUAAGUUCAUUAAAUAAUCACUACGGAAAUCCCUGAUAACUUUUGGUAACUGCCCAUACUAAUUCAUAAGUCUCACCAUAUUUACGAUUUUGGACAUAAGUCAAAAAUAGCGGUAAUAAUAAUGAUCAUUUUUUAACAGGAACAUUUUUCACGAAAUUCCAUGGUAAAGUUUAUUUUUAUUUUUUGAUUGAUAUUUCACAAAUAAACCAGCAAAAUACAAGUUUUUGUCAAAAAAAAAAAAUUCAAAAAAUCCCGUAGCUAACCCGUAGAGUGACAUUUGUUUCCGGUACACUCUGUAUACUUAUCUACAAUUGUAUCUUACAUAAAAUUGAUGUA